AACAGUGUGACACCGGGCGGAAGUAAACAGAAAAACUGGCAGCGUCAGUUUUCCUGACUGAGCUGGAGGACGGUUGUUUUGUCUCAGAUGAAUAUUUGAUCAGAUGAAGUAAAGAUGAGUUCAGUCCAGAAUCUGAGAGAGUUGAUCAACCAGCGACUAACUGCUGCUGCUGAAGAAAUAUUCACAGAGUUUGAGAAAACCAUUGUCCAGUACGAGGAGGAGAUCGAUCGUCAGCGCAGACUGCUGGAUAACAUCUGGAAACCACAGAAAACACAACACACAGCAGAGCAUGUCUGUACAGAUCAGGCGGCUCUUGCUGAGCAGCAGGUCUGUAACCAGGAGAGGAGCUCCAGCCUGGACCAGGAGGACCAAGAACCUCCAGAGAUUAAGGAGGAACAGCAGGAAAUGUAUACCAGCCUGUACCUAGAAGGUCCAGAGCCUCCACAGAAUAGAGAGCAACAGGACGAAUUCUGCACCAGUCUGGAUGAAGAUGACCCAGAGACUCCACAGGUUAAAGAGGAACAGGAGGACCUUUGCACCAGUCCAGAAAAAGAGCAGUUUACACUGAAGCAGGAGAUUGAUAGUUUUAUGGUGACUCCAUAUGAGGAAAGUGACCACAGUGAACCAGAACCAAAUGAUGGCCAACUCCUCUCCCACAUCUCUCCUGUAGCUGAGAGCCAAGAUCAGGAAGGAAACAACACCUUUGAGUUUCUGUCCCAAAUGAAGAAACAUCACAGAAUUCACGCUGGCAUGAAGCCAUACUCAUGCAGCAGUUGUGGAAAAAGCUUCAGUCAGAUUUGUGUUUUAAAACAUCAUGAACGAAUGCAUACGCAUGAGAAACCUUACCCCUGCAACAUGUGUGAGAAAAGAUUUAAAGAUAAAAGCUCACUGAAACAUCACAUAAAAACUCACACGGGUGAAAAGCCGUACUAUUGUCAAACAUGUGGUAAAAGUUUCAGUCGAAGCCAUCAUUUGACUGUUCACAUAAGAACACAUACAGGUGAGAGACCGUAUCCUUGUGGAAUAUGUGGGAAAAGUUUCAGUCAGAAUGGUAGUUUGAAAAUCCACAUGAGAACUCACACAGGUGAGAGGCCUUAUUCUUGCAAAACCUGUGGGAAAAGUUUCGCUCAUAGUUGGAUUUUGACUGACCACACAAGAACCCAUACAGGUCAGAGGUGAUUGUCCUGAAACAUGUGUGGGCAAAAUUAUCUGGGGACCAACUUGAAAUAUGUGAGAAUUGAUAACGGUUAGUGGUAGAUCUUCAGAUUUAAAGUUACUUUAGAUCAGUGGUUCUUAACCUGGGUUUGAUCGAACCCUAGGGGUUCGGUGAGUCAGUCUCAGGGGUUUGACGGAGGUCAAGACACACAGUCGACUCAUAUGAUUCACGAUGACACGCCCUGCUUGGCCAUCACUGGCUGCAGGUGAUCACGCUACAUUGCUUGGUCAAUCUGUGCUGCAGAGAAUUUGGUGCGCUCAGUAAUCGACUUGUGACUGUCGUGAUAGUACGUUGUGUGAUUUCUUUCUUAAUAUUUUAAUCCAUACUAUGUUCAGCAAAAAAAGAAAGUGGUCGUACGAAUAUGUACAACAUGGAUUCACAUGUAUAACGGAACGUGAUGGGAGUCAGCGUCCAUUCUGCAUGAUUUGCAAUGCCAAGUUAAGCAAUUCUAGUCUAGCACCAGCAAAACUAAAGGAACACUUCCUUAAGCUGCAUGAAGAUGGGGAAUACAAGAACACAAGUGAUGUUAAUGCACGGUUCAUUUUGUGCACCAGUAAAACACAUAACUAUGUCUUGAAUUUGAAAAAAAUCAUAUUUUUCAAUAAAGAAGGGUUCGGUGAACGCGCAUAUGAAACUGGUGGGGUUCAGUACCUCCAACAAGGUUAAGAACCACUGCUUUAGAUUUUCUUCAGCAACGAUCCUGUGAGGCUGUGGCAUGUCACAUUGUGAGAGAUGGAUGUAAUAAAAUCUGCUUUCAAUCUGUCAGUCUGCACAGUUGUUCUGACUGGCUGGGAGACUUUACAGUGGAUAUAUGGCAGCUCAUACAGAUACACAUGGUAUUUUUCAGAUUUUUUUAGAGCAUGUUGUUUCAUUGAAUGUAUAUAUUUUGUGAUGCAUCAACUUCUUAUUGUUUCACAAUUUUUAAGCUUACAAAUUGCAGCAGAUAUCCCACAUGGUGUUUUUUUAAAAAAAAAAACAUUACUUCAAAUAAAUUUGAUAACAUGAA